AUGGCACCUGGGAAGCCAGCAAGCGGGCAGCCCCUGCGCUACAUGCUGAACCUGUACCGACGCGCUGCCGACCGCGAAGGACGACCCCGCGACGGCCGCAGCCUGGGCACCAACACCGUCCGCCUGGUCCGGGCCAGUUCCCACGGGGGUCAGCCCUGGGCAGGUCGCUGGUACGUGCAGCCCCUCACCUACCACCUGGAGCGCCAGCCUGAGGCCGAGCACCUCCUCCGAGCCACCAUGGUCUACCUGCCCAGCCUGCCGAUGGCCCGUGGUCACCUUCUCUGUGCCCUGGAGCUGGCAGCCACCAGCGAGGCAACCAGGGUGCUGCUCAGCCCUGCUGCCCGUCCCCUCCAUGGCUGGGCUGAAGCGGAUGUCACCCCUUACCUGGUGCUGGGGAGUGGCAGCAUGGGAAGCCUGGCACUGCGGCACGUCUGCGUGCAUGCCAGCCGGGCAGGGGGCCAUGAUGCCCCAGUGGCCCCCAGCCACCCCUUCCUCCUCCUCUAUCUCAACGACACCCGGGCUGGGCUGGCACCUCCAGCAGCAGAACCCCACCGGCACCGACGUGACACAGGGACGCUAGCCCACGACCUGCCUGGCUACCUUCGGGAGCAGGGAGGGGAGAAGAGUGACUGCUCUCUGCACCCCUUCCCCGUCAGCUUUGCCCAGCUGGGCUGGGACCACUGGAUCAUCGCUCCCCACCGCUACAACCCGCGCUACUGCAAGGGUGCCUGUCCCCGCCUGCUCCGCUACGACUACCAUGCGCCCAACCACGCUGUGGUGCAGAGCUUUGUCCAUCAGCUGGUGGAUGCCAAUGUUCCCCGGCCCUCCUGUGUCCCCUACCGUUACAGCCCCAUCAGCGUCCUCAUGAUCGAGCGUGACGGUGGCAUCCUCUACAAGGAGUAUGAGAACAUGAUCGCAGAGUCCUGCACCUGCCGGUAA